UACUCCUACUUUACAUGUGAAGUAAUUAAUUAAUUCGCUAAACAAAAUGACUUUAAACAAACAAAUUGCUCCGAUGAUCAUGAAAAUGGACGCUUCCUCAAGGUUAUCCCAUUGCGGAUUCUCCAACUGGAAGGGAUACUUUGGGUAGCAGCAAGCCAAAAAGCGGAGAAGGAGAAUCUUGCGGUGCAAAAUGCUGUGAUUGGGUAUGUGAUUGGUGUUACCUUCUCACCUGCUGUUGCUGUACCUGCGCUCGUCCAAUGCCGGGAGAGACCAAACAAAUCGGAAAAUGGAAUCUUCUUCAACCUCCAGGCAAGGCCGGAAACCGCCCACGCCGAAGCAAUCGGACAUCUACUCCACCUUCGUUGUCCACGGCGGCGGCGACGACGACGACACACAGAGCGAGCAGACUAGCGACACUGACCUCUACGCCACAGUCGUCUGCAAAGACGACGCCGUAUCGCUUCCUCCGCUGGCCAAACGACCUCCUCCCGGACGAAUCGAUUCCGGAUCUGAGAGUGACGCGGAGUCCGUUUGCGGCACGAUGAUUGUGAGAACCGGUCGCCGCAGACCUAAUUACGAGACGACGUCGUUUCUCGAUCGAACGGAGAGAAGCCGGAAGUGCAGAAUCGAUGGGAUCGGCGAGGAGGAGGACAAUGCGGAGGGGGAUUUCUCUACGUUUGUCAUGAGAGAGAGCGUGGCUGAAUCUGGGACGGUGGUGAGGAGAACGAGCAGAAAGGGGGGAAUCGGCGAAGGCAGCCGAUCCUCAACGAUGAGCAGAGCUGUCGCGAGUAUGCAGUCCGCGGGGGAGGUUGGGAUCGGGAGGCAGAUGAAAAGCGGGGGCGGCGGUAGGUCGGAGGAGGAGACCAGGGUGCACGGGAAUAAGGUGUCUUCGAGCUCUUUUACAGAUAAUGUGAUGAGGGAAGAUCCUUCUACGAAGUAUGAAAUUCUUCACGAACUGGGGAAGGGUUCAUAUGGGGCUGUUUUUAAAGCUCGAGAUCUGAAGACUUCGGAAAUGGUUGCCAUAAAAGUCAUAUCAUUGUCUGAAGGGGAGGAGGGCUAUGAAGAUAUCAUUGGUGAAAUUGAGAUGUUGCAGCAGUGCAGCCAUCCAAAUGUUAUUCGCUACUUUGCGAGCUACCAAGGAGACGAAUACCUUUGGAUUGUGAUGGAAUAUUGUGGGUGUGGAAGUGUUGCUGGUUUAAUGAAUGCCAAUGAGGCACCACUUGAGGAGCACCAAAUAGCAUAUGUUUGCAAAGAAACAUUGAAGGGUCUCUCUUAUUUACACUCCAUUUUUAAAGUACAUAGAGAUAUCAAAGGCGGUAAUAUAUUGUUAACUGAUCAAGGAGAGGUUAAGUUAGGUGAUUUUGGUGUUGCUGCACAACUAUCUAGAACAAUGUCCAAGCGUAACACGUUUAUUGGGACCCCUCAUUGGAUGGCUCCAGAAGUCAUUCAAGAAAGUCGUUAUGAUGGAAAGGUAGAUGUAUGGGCACUCGGAAUAUCUGCUAUUGAAAUGGCAGAGGGUCUUCCUCCAAGAGCAACCGUGCAUCCUAUGAGGGUCUUGUUUAUGAUAUCAAUUGAACCAGCUCCAAUGCUUGAGGAUAAAGAGAAAUGGUCUCUUUUAUUCCAUGACUUCGUUGCAAUGUGCCUUACAAAGGAUCCCCGUCUUCGUCCAACCGCAGCAGAGUUGCUUAAGCACAAAUUCAUUGAGAAGUGUAAAAGCGGAGCUUCUGGAAUGCUACCCAGGAUUCACAAGGCAAAACAAGUUAGGUCAUCAAUGGCCUUGGAAGCUCAGAAAAUUGCUUCAGCUGCAACUCUACAUGGAAAUUCAGGAGGUUGCCCCAAAGUAAACGAAUCAUUUGGAGAUACAGUGCCUGCUGGUUUUCAAGUCUCCAAUGUUGUCUCUUCUGCAAUUGCUCUGAAUAAGGAUGAUUCAGAACAUAUAGAACCUGCUGCAGAAGGUGACUUUGGGACAAUGAUAAUUCGAGAUGGUGGUAACAUAGAUAUAGCUGCAACUCAAAGAAAUAAAGAACCUUCCCCUUCGGUUAACCAUGCUGAAAAUGCUCAAAUUCCUGGCCACGGUGAAAAAACAAUUGAGCAUCGGUUAUACAGUGAAGAGAGUGUAAGUUCCCUACCUGGGGCAUCCAAAGCCGGAAAAGGGCAAACCACCUCUUCUCCUGCAAUGUUUGCUCCUCCUCUUCUGAACCCCCCGCCGGGUGAAACUGUCAGUCAAAAAGCUUUGGAAAAGCUCCGGUCAAUAUACUCAGCAGGUAACACAGUACCGAUCCCCUUCCUGAGAGCAACUGACAUAUCGCCAAUUGCACUCUUGUCGAGCAACAUGCUUGGGGCCUGGCAACAAGAUGACACGCUGCAUGAGCUUUUCUCUAGCGAUGCACAACAGUCAAAAAGAGGCCGAAGCAGAGAAAACGAGGCCCCCCUUCCUCCAAGUGUACACCGGCGGCUCUCUUCUAGUCCUACUCUAAUGAAUCUAACCCAAGCUUUGGCAUAUCAUAGGAUGUGUUAUGAUGACAUGCCUCUUCAGGAAAUGCAAGCUACACAAGAGCAAAAGACCAUCCAAAGCCUUUGCGACACGCUUAAAACUAUUUUGCGAUUAUAGAUAUUAUCCCUUUAUUACAAAAAAGGAGUAUAAUAUUUGAGUCUCAUGUCUUUAACAAGUUGACAUCUGUCAUCUUACCUGAUAUUUUUUAAAUGACAUGACAUGCGAAUAAAUUACAUGGCAUCUU